AUGGUUGCGAGUGCCAGCCCGUCGUCAGGGGGCCACAGCAACGCCUACAACGGCAAUAGUAGUGGCGGGAAGAGCAACGGCGGCAGUGGAGAGAAUGGGAACGGAACCGGCGGCGGCGCGGCGGAAAACCACGUGGCGGGACCCGCACCGGCGUCCCUUCGCCACAAUCCGGGCCUGUCGCUGGAUUGGACGCACGAGGAGCAGUCUAUACUCGAAGAUUUGCUGGCAAAGUAUGCCUCAGAAUCAACUGUUGUUCGCUAUGCUAAAAUUUCUCAGGCGUUAAGCGAUAAAACUGUCCGGGAUGUUGCAUUACGGUGCAGAUGGAUGAAUGUGAGCCUUUUUUUUGGGUACUUUCACGAGUUCUGCCCUUUGUUGGGAUGCAUUGCAAUGAGUUUUUCAGGAUUAAAGAAGGAGAAUGGAAAGAGGAGGAAAGAUGAGAACAAUUCAAGAAAGAAUAAAGACAAAAAGGAAAAAGUUACAGAUUCAUUGCCAAAAUCUUCUCAAGUUGCAAACCGCUCCAACGGCCCUCCCUAUGCCCAGUCGAUGAUGUCAAUGGACAGCAAUGAUGGAAUCUCAUUUAAAGCUAUUGGUGGAGCUGCUGGACAGCUUCUUGAGCAAAAUGCUCAGGCCUUGGAUCAAAUUUCCACCAAUUUUUCUGCUUGCAAGAUUCAUGAGAACAUCAAUCUUUUCUGUCAAGCUCGGAAUAACAUAGUUUCACUGUUAAACGACUUAAGCGACUUGCCGGAAAUAAUGAAACAAAUGCCACCUCUUCCUGUGAAGCUGAAUGACGAGCUUGCAAACUCCAUUCUUCCUCGUACAUUCAUGUCAAAGAAACCUUAG